CAAAGUGUCAAAUUGUGUGGUGUGGGUUAAUGGGUUAAUCCCUCCUGCACGCAAUUUUGACAGUUCAAGUGUCUCAACGUAUCUCUGAUUCAUAUUGAUAAAAAUCCGAAUGAUUACAAGUAGAUGCUCAGCGUGUGCUAAUUUCUGCAAUUUAACAACAAUUUAGAGACAUAUCAAACACGAAAUAAAAGGGAUUGGUGCAUUGAUAUGAAACAUGACGUCGAAUUCGUGCUUCAAACGAGGAAACAAUAAAGUUUCUCCGGAAAUGGUUAUCAUGGAGUAGACGAGUUUCAUGGAUUAUUCGAAGAUGUAGGCAGGAAAAUACUGGCACUGUUCCAGUGGAAAUUGAUCACCAAAAGAUUGGCACAAAAUAAAAAUGGAGCGGGUAUUACCGAUGAGCCGAUGGAACAAAAUUUUGCUGUUUAUGAGUUUGGUCUGUGCCGUAUUAUCUUUGAUAUUGCAACAAUGGAUAAGUUUUGUUGCACUGCCAAUAUAUAUGUCCAUUCUGUGGGCAAUCUUAGUCUGUGUAACAUCAACCUGGCUCAGUUUCAUAGUACUGAAAAAAACUCUAAAAGCAAGCUCUCCAUUCUAUAUAAAUCCUAUAACUCCCUGGAUGCUGAGGAAGCUGGAGAAUUAUUUAAGACUGAACGUGAUGUGUGGUGAAAAAAAAUCGCAAGUUUUGCCAGAAAUACAGGCCAACGAAAUUCAUUUAAGAAAUCAAAGAGAGACUAAAGAGAAAAAAGAAAAAAGUGUGAGUUUGACAAAUAGUAUAGAAUAUAUGAAGGAAAGGGAAAACAUUCAAGAAAUCAUCUGGAACCCUUCGGGGAAUGUGAACGUAUCAAAAAUUUUACAAGAUAUUGAUACCAAAUUCAUUGAUAUUUGGUACAACGAGUUAAGCGACGACAGUGCAUUUAAGGAAGCAGCAAGUGAAUUGCUCGAAAAGGUAUUGAGCAAGAUAACGUUUCAUAUUCGUUCCAUAGACGAAUUACGUCUUGCCCAUAAACUGGCAGACGUCUUAUUGCUCCAUCUUAAAGAAUAUAAACGCGCUUUGCGUCGCGUUGAAAAAGGAAAAGCGGUGGAUAUUGAAGAAGCUUACAGAUGUACUCAUCCAGGUUCUCGGAGCCCAGCUACCAUCGAACAUAUCCUUCAUCGUCUUGUAACUGUUCUCGCUGGAGAAUUUUUGCAAUGGGAAUUGAUGAGUUCAUUACCAUGUAAAUUACUUCUCUCCAUUUUGGCUAAGCGUCUUUUGUUUACCGUUCAAACUGUCAGUUGUCCACGUUGGAUUUACGAGAAUGCCAUUGCUCUUCUAAGAUCUACCACCGAAGAAGGAGAGAAAAACGUUAAAAAUGAUAAUCUCGAUAAAAAUGGGAUUGUUUCGAAAGCUUUGGUGGAUGGUAUGACAUCAGCAACUGCUGCGUUAGUACCGCGUCCAUUACCAAAAACUGAUCGGGACGAGAUACCACCGACUGAGAAGAAAUUAACCAACGAGCACAAUGGAGAAAGUUCUUCUAAUUCGAGAAGAGCUUCUCUCUGCCUCGAUGGCCUAACACCCAAAGGACACAGAGGUCUUUGGGCAGAUGUCAAUGUUUUACAAGUGGAUUCGGAGGGUGACGAGGAUAGGAUAUCACCGGUUUACGAAGAGCCUACGGAUUUCGCAACGACGAUCGCGAGAUUGCGAAAUUUACUUCAACAAAAAUCAACGGCUACGACUCCGUUACAAGCAGAAGAGAAAUCGUACGUCGUGUACGAGGGCAAUCAAUUCACGAAUUUAGCUAUUCCAAGAACGGAACUUUAUACGGCUUCCGAUGGUUCGCAACAACUUCUUUAUUGCAUACAGUUCGACGAUGUUGAGCAGCACGGUGUCGAUACCUUUGAAACUACAACGGCUACAGUCAGGAGACAGUAUAUUGAUUUUGCUCAAUUACAUGCUAAUCUUGAAGAGAUUCCAUCAUUCACUUCUAUCAUGUCGGAAAUCCGUUUGCCAGAAGGCGGUGGUAGAUUAGAAAUGGAGAAUUAUCUGAAAAACGUAUGCACACGAUUGUCAUCUGAAUCACCACCGCAGUUGCGCCACUUUCUGAGACCUAGCAGUGGAGCUGGAAAAAAAGCCGAUGCCGUAGCGCCUCGUCUCGACAGAUUUCUUGCUAAAACGGUUACCGGAGUUUUCAACACAUUAAAAACUGUCGUUCCCGGUUUUGAAAUGGAGCAAGACGAGGACGUUCAACCUUUGCCUACUUUGAUGCCAUUAGCCGAUAUUCCUUGGCGCUUUGUGAAAAAUACGAAAGCUACAAGCUUAGCAGAUGAAUUACAACAAUUGGUAGCUGAGAGAAUUGAUUACUGUUCCGUUGAUACCGCCUACGAAGCUGUUGACUCUGUCGAAGGAAGCGGUGACUCGGAGAUGCUUGCCCUAUGGUGGGAAACUGUGAAUGCUCCUUACGAUGAGGAACUAGAAGAGCUCGAUUGUCGUUUGAAUAUGACUUGCGCAUCAAUCGAUCUUCUUUGCGAAAUACUUGCGGGUAUUCGUAGUAAUAACACGAUGCAGCAAGAAGCUGUAGUAAGAUGGUGCAAGCUUUUUUUCGGCAGCGUCACGGAACCUUUGAUUCAGAACCUUGUAUCGCGAGUGUCGCAAUAUCUCAGCAAUUGUACUUUAUCCUCGAGUUUGCAAGUCGAUCACUCGGACGAACCGAUCAGCAAAAUUCAAGAAAAAUUAUCGGUUCUUCUCGACGGAAUAACAGCAGCCAACGUCAAGCGAGUCUUUGGCGAGGAAGACACUCGGAAUAUCAUCAAAUUUAUCCUGGGUUCAUUGGAGUUCAAAAAAAUAAACAUCGAUUUGAUUCUUCAGAUCAUCGAUAUUGUUGCUUCAGAAAUUUUGGCUUCGUGCAGACAGAGUCAUGUUAAUCCAACGCCAUAAUUAAUCUUGCGGUGAAGUAAUAACGAUAUAUCAAAGAAUGAAUUUUGCAUUAUUAGAACACAAUGAAAACCAUUUGGAAAAAAGUCAUUUUUUUAAAUUCCAUGGUUCUCCUGUUUCCCCUCGUGAGUUCUUGAAGAUAAUGGACAACAUAAGAUAAUUGUUUUUCACUAUUUGAUUAUAGAAAAACCAAAUGGUUCUCCGAUAUAUUUUAAUGAUGCAAACUUCAACAUAAUUAUAUCAAAAGUUCAUAGAGAUUAUUCCCAUGCAUAUCGUGCAUCAUUCGCCUCGUAUACAUUUAUAUUCUCCAUUUAUAUUUACGACAGUAUGAAUUUUAUGGCCAACAUUCCCUCGGUAUGGAAUUUUACCAUGAAAAAUAGUAUUUUUCAGCAACUUUAAAGUGCAGACCCGAGUCACUCGAGAUCACAGUAUUUUUUUCAAGUGUUUGAUCAGUAACAAGAAAUGGAGAAAAAAAUCCUAUCUCAAUGCUUUCUACUAAACUCACACAACAAAUUGUUUGAUUAAAUAUUUUUUUAUAACAAAUAUAUGUAAUGGACGAACGUGGGAAGUUCAUCGGGUACGACCAGGCCAGUUUUGAAAUGCCAAGAAAAAAAACCAAAAAAAAACUAAGAAAAAAGGUUAUUAGGUGAAAAUUGCUGUCGAAGACUAUAUUUUCCCAAGAGGUUUGAUCAUAAUAAGAAAAUAUUUGCGUACCUGAAUGUACAGUCACUGUGAUGUUAAAAAGUACUUCGUUACUCAUAUUGAGCGAGUAAACGUUUUGUUAUUCAGAACAAUUACGUAUAAAACAGUUGUCAUAAUCAUUUUUUUCAAGUUGAGAAAUGUUAUGUUGUUUCGUAGUGCAGUUCCAUCCCCAUUAUUUUUUUCUUCAUCUCGUAAACGGAUAACGUUCGUGUAUAUUUAGGAGGUAUGGAAUAAUUCUUUCAAUAAGAUUUUGUUUGUAUCAAUCAUAAGUUUUGUACAAAGAACCGAUUUAAUUCUGUUACAUGGUUAUGCAGGAUAUAAACUAUAAUGCAACACGCCAAUGCUUUGUUGUAAUCCAAAGAUAGUGUUAAUUAAUAUAAAUAUAUAUCUACAGUGACCAAUAAUAAUGAACAUUCAACUUAA